CACACGACGACUCUCCUCCCGUGUUUGAAGAAAAUGAAAAGGUCCUCGCUUUUCAUUGCAAACACAUUUACGAUGCCAAGGUGAAAAAAGUCCAUUACCGGAAGAAGGGCACUAUAUAUUUUGUUCAUUACCUUGGGUGGAAUAACAACUGGGAUGAAUGGGUCAGUGUGGAUCGUCUGCUGAAACGUACAAAUGGGAAUGUCCAAAGGCAGCUGGCCAACAACAAAACAAUUGAAUCAAAGAAUUUAAAGCUAGGGCAUGCAUCACAGAUGAAGCCAAGAAGUACUGAUGUUGCAAGGGGCAAGAAACGAAAGAAUGACCGUCUUGAUAAGGAAAAGGGCCACAUACCAAUGGAAAAUUUUGUGAACCUCCAAAUUCCGCCAACUCUACAGAAGCAACUAGUUGAUGAUUGUGGAUCAAUUACACAUCUGGGCAAGCUUGUUAAACUUCCAUGCACCCCGACUGUGGAUGACAUUUUGGAGAAAUAUCGUCAUUAUAGGUUGGAGAAGGAUGGGUUGAUAGCUGAUUCAACUAGGGAAAUGAUAAAAGGAUUACNAUGCACCCCGACUGUGGAUGACAUUUUGGAGAAAUAUCGUCAUUAUAGGUUGGAGAAGGAUGGGUUGAUAGCUGAUUCAACUAGGGAAAUGAUAAAAGGAUUACGUUGUUUCUUUGACAAAGCUUUGCCAAUAAUGCUUCUGUACAAAAGUGAGCGCCAACAAUAUGAAGACACCAUGGCAGUUAUGGUUGCUCCCUCAACUAUAUAUGGUGCUGAGCAUCUAUUACGCCUCUUUGUUAAAUUGCCAGAGUUAUUGGUCCAUGCAAAAAUUGAAGAGGAAACAUCGACAAAGUUGCACCAAAUGUUACUGGACUUCCUCGAGUUCCUGAAAAAGAAUCAGAGUUCCUUUUUCCUUUCAACUUACCACAUUGCGGAAGAUGUUGAAACGAGUACCAACGGAAAGGAAGAUGACUAAGCUUAGGUAACAUGUGGACGUCAUUUUGUACAUAACACCAUGGAAGUAACUGCUGUUGGUGGAUAUUUUC